AUGGCUCCUGGCUCCGGCGCGUGGCUGGAGAGAAGCGGGCAGCCCCCAGGGGGUUGGCUAGCCCUGGCUGCCCUGGCCCUGCUGUGGGGAUCCUCGGUCCAGGGAGGAGGGAAGCCGGGGUGCCCGGCGUGCAGGAUGCCCACCCUGGAGCCGGGCACGGAGAGGCGCUUCCUGCUCGAGCUGGCCAAGCGGCAGGUCCUGGAGAAGCUGCACCUGAUGGAGAGGCCCAACGUCACCCAGCCGGUGCCCCGCCUGGCCGUCACCAACGCCCUGCGGCAUCUGCAUGUGGGCCAAGCCCAGCGGGACAGGCAGCCGGGGCCCUUCGCCCCCUGGGACGGCCCCGAGGCCGACGAGCUGGGCUACGAGAUCAUCAGUUUUGCCAAGACAGAGUUCUCCUCUCCCUCCAGCAUGGGGCUGCGUUUCCAGUUCAGCCAGGGCACGGGCCAGGAUGUCCACAUCCUGCAGGCCCAACUGUGGCUCUACGUCCGGGCCCCCCAGAGCGGGCUGUCCCCGGUCACGCUGCGGGUCUCCCAGGCGGGGGCGCUGUUGAGCGAGAGGCAGCUGGAGGCCCGGGCCGGCGGCUGGCACACCGUCUCCCUCCUGCCUGCGCUCCAGGCCUUCUUCCGCGGGCAGGAGAAGACGCUGAGGCUCGAGCUGGAGUGCCGCGGGUGCCAGGCCAAUGCCACGGCCGGGAGCGACGCCGGCAGCUCCCACCAGCCCUUCCUGGUGGCCAAGGCCACGGUGCGGAAGCCAGGGCAGCAGGUGGCCAAACGCAGCCUUCGCUGCGACCAGACCUCCGACCUAUGUUGCCGCAAGGACUAUUACGUGGACUUCCGGGACAUCGGGUGGAACGACUGGAUCAUCAAGCCAGAGGGCUACCAGAUCAACUACUGCAUGGGCCAGUGCCCGCCCCACGUGGCCAGCAGCCCGGGCAUGGCCUCCUCCUCCCACACGGCCGUGCUCAACCUGAUCCGGGCCCACAACCUCCAGCCGGGCGGGCAGUCCUGCUGUGUGCCCACGCACCGCCGGCCCCUCUCCAUCCUCUACUUCGACCGCAACAGCAACAUCCUCAAGACCGACAUCCCGGACAUGAUCGUCGAGGCCUGCGGCUGCAGCUAG